AUGGUAGUGGUCCAGAAAAAAGAUGGAAGUCUGCGUAUCUGCAUCAAUCCUAAAGAUCUAAAUCGGGCGUUGAAAAGAGAGCACUAUCAACUUCCAACAAUCGAAGAAAUUACAGCUCGAAUGCCAGGGGCACGGUAUUUUUCCACGUUAGAUGCAAGAUCGGGUUAUUGGCAGGUACCCCUCGACAAAGAAAGUUCCAAACUCACAACUUUCAACACGCCAUUUGGUCGUUUCCGUUUUACCCGCAUGCCAUUUGGAAUCCGAAGUGCCCAGGAAGUAUUUCACAAACGAGUACAUGAAAUAUUUGAAGAUAUUCGUGGAGUGGAGACUGAUAUUGACAACAUUCUCGUGUGGGGAAGAACACUUCAAGAACACGACGAGCGCCUAAAGGCAACGUUGGAAAGAGCAAGAGAAUGCAAUCUAAAGUUCAAGUUAGAGAAGUGCCACUUCAGGUCCACGAUUGUUGUUUACAUCGGACAUAAGCUUACAUCGGAAGGAAUCAAACCUGAUCCACAGAAAAUAGAAGCAAUCGUGAACAUGCCAGAACCACAUGACAAGAAGGGAGUUCAAAGGCUUCUCGGUAUGGUGAAUUACGUGGGUAAAUUCGUACCGAACCUGUCAGAAAUCACGUCACCACUGCGAGAAUUGCUCAAGAAUGAUGUGUUGUGGCAUUGGUUAGAAAGACAUGCAAGUGCUUUCGAAAAGAUCAAAACCAUUCUUACAAAUACAGAGCCUGGAAUCUUAACCUACUAUGAUGUGACAAAACCAGUAAAGCUUCAGGUCGACACCUCAAAAUCCGGGUUGGGAGCGGUACUUACCCAAUCGAACAUGCCAGUUGCAUAUGCCUCGAGAUCUCUAACACCGGCUGAGACUAGAUAUGCUCAGAUAGAAAAAAAACUUUUGGCAGUCGUGUUCGGGUGCAAUCGUUUCUAUCAGUAUAUCUAUGGCAAGCAAAUUAUAGUUGAAUCAGAUCAUCAGCCUCUCGAAGCCAUUAUGAAGAAACCACUGGAUAAAUCGCCAAUCCGUUUGCAAAGAAUGCUGCUGAAUCUACAAAGUUAUGAUGUUGAGAUAAAAUACAAACCUGGCAAGGAACUAUAUUUAGCUGAUACGCUGUCGAGAGCCCAUCUAUCUAAUUGCAAAUCCGAAGAAGAAACACUGGAUUUGGAGUAUCAAGCAAUUUCCAUGAUUUCAUCACUAGCUCUAUCGGAUGACAAGUUAAGGGAGAUUAAGGAAGAAACGAAGAAAGAUGGGACAAUGCAAACACUAGUAAAAUUUAUCAAUGAAGGCUGGCCAAGUCACAAAGAUCGUCUCCCAAAGUCAUUACAACCACUAUGGAACUACAGAGAAGAGCUGACGGAAAUCGAAGGCGUGGUAUUCAAGAGUGAUAAGAUUUUCAUUCCACCCUCGCUACGAGAAAAUGUUCUGAAGAAGAUUCAUCAAAGUCACAUGGGUAUUGAGAGAAGUAAACAACGUGCUUGUGAAUUAGUUUUUUGGCCAGGCAUAAACAAAGAGAUCGAGUCAGUCGUCAAGAAUUGUUCUGUCUGUGCCGAGUACAGAUGCAGCAAUCAGAAAGAGCCAAUGUUUCAGCACGAAAUUCCCAAAUAUCCGUGGCAGAUCGUAGCAACUGAUAUGUUUUUCUGA